GAAAUCGUAAAUGGUUCACGCAUGCCACAAACUCACUUUGUCUCAAGCCCGGUACUAGCUAAGAGAAAAUACCUAAGUACAAGAGUUAACGCUAAAGCCCGCCUUCCACUGCGAGCGGAACGGACCCAUUACGGACUCCGCUACACUCGUGACGAUGAUUUUCAUACAUGUGGUUGGAACCAAAGCGGAAACAAGCGGAGCGGACUGAGCGAGUUGAGAGAGUCACAUGCGAGCGUUAUGCAGUCUGCAAAUUCAAUAAACCAUAUCGAUGUUAAUAGCAGUGACUUUCAGGAUAAAUUACUAGACGAAAUUGCAAAUGACUUGACAAGACUAAAAAAAAAUAUUACAAUUAUUACAAAGAUACGAAUGACCGGAAGUGAAAUGGAGGUGGAAACAGCUGCCAUGCAUCAUGCUCUGCUUUGGUACCAACUUAAAGAAGCAAAAGAUAAUAUAGUUAAAUCAGAAAACUCUCAACAAUAGAUAUACUUAUAAUAAUAAUUAAAUUUAAUAGACGAAA